GGGAGGCUGGAGAGAGCUGGGCGGAGGGGCAUGCAGGACUAUCAGAAUUUGCCGAUUGACAUCCAGACAAGCAAGCUGCUAGACUGGCUGGUGGACAGGAGACACUGCAACCUGAAAUGGCAGAGCCACGUGCUGACUAUCCGCGAGAAGAUCAACGCGGCCAUUCAGGACAUGCCAGAGAGCGAGGAGAUCAAGCAGCUGCUCUCGGGAUCCUAUAUUCACUAUUUUCACUGCCUGAGGAUUGUGGACAUUCUUAAAGGGACCGAGGCCUCCACUAAAAACAUCUUUGGUCGCUACUCUUCCCAGCGGAUGAAGGACUGGCAGGAGAUCCUGUCCCUGUAUGAAAAGGAAAACACCUACCUAGUGGAACUCGCCAGCCUUCUCGUGCGCAACGUCAGCUACGAGAUCCCGUCCCUGAAGAAGCAGAUCAGCAAGUGCCAGCAGCUGCAGCAGGAGUACAGCCGCAAGGAGGAGGAGUGCCAGCUGGGGGCCGCCGAGAUGCGGGAGCGCUUCUACAGCUCCUGCAAGCAGUACGGCAUCACCGGUGAUAACGUGCGCCGGGAGCUGCUGGCCUUGGUGAAGGACCUGCCGGCGCUGCUGUCGGAGAUCGGGGCCGGGGCCCGGGUGCUCUCGGAAGCCAUCGAUUCGUACCAGGCCUGUGUGCAGUUUGUGUGUGAGAGCGCCACGGAGCAGGUGGUGCCCAUGCUGCGACACGUGCAGGAGCGCGGGAACUCGACCGUCUACGAGUGGAGGAGGGGGGUGGAGCCCACCAUGGUGGAGCGCCCACGGGCGGAGGAGGUGCCCGAGCAGCAGGACGAGGAGGCGAUCGACUGGGGGGACCUAGGGGUGGAGUCCACACCUGCCCCCGUGGGGGUUGAUUACAGCAUCUCCGGGGAAGACGGAGCCCAGGCCGAGGAGGUGGACUGGGGGAUCUCACUGGAACCUGACCCACAGGGAGCCGGCACUGAUGGGAUAGACUGGGGAGACGGGAGUGGCGGUGACCCGGUGCAGAUCACAGUGCUGGAGGCUGGCAUCCAGGUCCCAGAUGGAGUCGCCCGAGGGCCUGAUGCUCUGACCCUCCUGGAGAGCCCGGAGACCCGGAACCAGUUCAUCGACGAGCUGAUGGAGCUGGAGACCUUCCUGUCCCAGCGCAUCGUGGAAAUGAGCGAAGAGGCCGACGUGGUGUCAGUGAGCCAGUUCCAGCUGGCCCCGCCCAUCCUGCAGGGCCAGACCACACACAAGGUGGGCGCCAUGGUGUCGGCUGUCCGGGAGCUGAUUGGCCGGCUGACCAACCUGCGGAUGCAGCACCUGUUCCUGAUCCUGGCCUCCCCAAGGUACGUGGACCGGGUGAGCGAGCUCCUGCGCCAGAAGCUGAAGCAGGCGGAGCUGCUGGUGCUGAAGAAGGAGCUUACGACGCAGAAGAGGCAGGAGGCGCUGGAGGAGCAGGGGGCCCUCGAGCCCAAACUCGACCUGCUGGUGCAGAAAACCAAGGAGCUGCAGAAACUAAUUGAAACGGACAUUUCCAAACGGUACAGCGGGCGCCCUGUGAAUCUGAUGGGCACCUCCCUGUGACCCCCUCCACGGCGACGCAGCCCCCUACGGAGCCGGGGUCCCCCAGAGGGGCAGGACAGAGGAGGCUUCCCCGGGGCUCUGCUAACCAGGACUUGCUCACGUUGUAAGGAGCAGAUGUGUACGGGGGGGGCAGGCUGCCAACUGCGGCUCUUGCCCUUUCCAGGGGCUCCAGGCAGCCGGGAGGGAAUUGCUCAAUAAAGCGGGGGGAGCUGCUCCAUCCCCACCCUGC